GCGCUGGCGUUCGGCAGUGGACUUGACAGGACAGCAAGUGGACAGCAUAUGACAGCAGACAGAGAGGGACACAGUCGGGCUUCAGCUGCAGAGGGAGGCAACACGGUGAGCACGCAAACGUGACAGACGGGGCCAGUUUACAUGUUACAAGAUGGGAGGAUGGGAUUUUGGGAAGACAAAGGAAUCGCAGGCAUGUAGUUUUUUUCACCGCCCGUAGACAACUUUGACACGUUUUAGGGACUGAAUAAUAAUAAAAAGUUGCAUUCCUCGAUGUCCUCACGUUGACUUUUUGAUUCACGCGAUUUAUUUCACCCCAAAACAGAGCAGCUGGUCAUAUUUUUUUGUGUUUGUGCUAAACGUUGCUCUGUUUGGACACCCCGAAGUGCAUUCCUACAGAGUUGCGGCAAAGUAGAGAGAUAAUUGUGCCAAUCUGAUUUCAUAGGCGUGACAGAAUCAAAAGGGCGAGACAGAAACUCGCAUCAGCACCACGCGAGCUCACACUUCGUCUGGUCAGUUUAGGAAGAGACUCACACACACGAAGCCCGUCCUUGCAAGAUCCCAGAACUGACGGUCUGCAACUGCUGUCCAUCCCAAGAGUUUUGGCCAGUCCCAGCUCGAUGACUAACUCAUUUUUCUUUCAUCUAUAUGGAAGAAGGACUCAAAACGGUGUUGUUUUUGUAAGUAGAAGACAGCGAGCACUUUGUUGAAGCGCGCGCGGCGGAACCCGAAAGAUUCACGAGGCGAAAUCACACUAAAGGGCCCUCUCCAUGGAUAUAGACACAGAUUAUGAGCGACCUAAUGUGGAGACCAUAAAGUGUGUGGUGGUGGGUGAUAACGCGGUGGGCAAGACCCGACUGAUUUGUGCCCGUGCCUGCAAUGCCACCCUUACUCAGUACCAGCUGCUUGCCACCCACGUGCCAACUGUCUGGGCCAUCGACCAAUACCGCGUGUGCCAGGAGGUGCUGGAGAGGUCACGAGAUGUGGUGGACGAGGUCAGUGUCUCCCUCAGGCUGUGGGACACAUUUGGAGAUCAUCACAAAGACAGGCGCUUUGCAUAUGGCAGAUCUGAUGUGGUAGUCCUGUGCUUCUCUUUGGCCAAUCCAAACUCCCUGCGCCAUGUCCGCACCAUGUGGUUCCCUGAGAUUAAGCACUUCUGCCCCCGCACCCCAAUCAUCCUGGUGGGCUGCCAGCUGGACCUGCGCUACGCUGAUCUGGAUGCUGUUAACCGGGCACGGCGGCCUCUGGCUAAACCCAUCAAACCUACAGACAUCUUGCCCCCAGAGCGAGGCCACGAGGUCGCUAAAGAACUUGGCAUUCCAUACUAUGAAACAAGCAUUGUUGCUCAGUUCGGUGUGAAGGAUGUGUUUGACAAUGCUAUCCGUGCUGCACUCAUCUCUCGGCGCCACCUUCAAUUCUGGAAGUCCCAUUUAAAGAAAGUGCAGCGCCCCCUCCUCCAGGCCCCCUUCCUUCCCCCAAGACCGCCACGGCCUGUGGUGGGCAUCCCUGAUCCACCUCCUGCAGAUGGAGAAGCUCCUGAUUCUCUUUUCUGCCAGCCGCUGUGUGCAGAUGUCCUGUUUCUCCUCCAGGCCGGAGCCACUCGCGUCUUUGCCCACAAGGUGUACCUGGCCACUUCCUGCUCAAAGUUCUACGACCUGUUCACUAUGGACCUUGUGGCAGCGGGGAUGGAGAAUGAGCAUGAGGAGAGCUCUGAGGGGAGCGAGGAAGAGGAGCAGAGCCGAAGAGGAGCCAAAGAACAGGCUGGGCGAACCAAGAGUCUAGACAUUGAUAAGGAGGGGGAAGGGGGUACCAGGGGUGCGAAUAGGUUGCUUAUGUUACAGCAGGGCUCACUGAGGACUUCACAGAGUGAUAAUGCUCUGCCUGCCAGGGGCCAGCACUCUGCGGGAACCCUGGGAGCAGGCCGCGCCCUUUUAGGAUGGGGCCGUGGUUUCUUGGGGGUGUACCUAGAGAUGGUGGACGACCCUGUGACAGGUCGGCCGAGACUCAUGACAGUAGUGUCUAUGGAUGAUCUCAUUCAGAAAGGGCCUUUUCAGGCAGUGCUGCAGUACCUUUACACUGGUCAUCUGGAUGAGAGACGUGGGGACCUGAUGCAGGUGGCCACUAUUGCUGAGCUUCUGGAGGUCUUCGACCUGCGUAUGAUGGUGGCUAAUGUGCUGAACCGCGAGAGCUUCAUGAACCAGGAGAUCACCAAAGCCUUCCAUGUGCGUCGUGCCAACCGCAUCAAAGAGUGCCUGAGCAAGGGCACAUUUGCUGAUGUGGUGUUUCAAUUGGACGACGGAUAUCUGCCAGCCCACAAGCCUCUGCUCAUCUCAAGUUGUGACUGGAUGGCAGCCAUGUUUCGCGGAUCCUUCAUGGAGAGCUACAUUGAGGAGGUGUCUAUCCCCAACACCAGUUGUGCCUGCAUGAGAGCCGUUCUGGAGUUUCUCUACUGUGGUGUAUUGACGCCAUCUCCUGAGCUGGAGCCAAUGGACCUUAUAAUUCUAGCCAACCGCCUCUGUCUUCCCCGCUUAGUAGCUCUAACAGAGCAACACGCCGUUGAGGAUCUGUUGCAGUUGUCCGUUAAAGGGUUGGACAUUGAUGGACAUGUGCUGGCCUAUCUGGAGAUGGCUCAGUUCCACAAUGCCAAACAGCUCUCUGCCUGGUGCCUGCAUCACAUCUGCACCAACUACAACAGUGUCUGUCGCAAAUUCCCUAAAGAUAUGAAGACUAUGUCUCCUGAAAACCAGAAACACUUUGAGAAGUAUCGCUGGCCUCCUGUGUGGUUCCUGAAGGAGGAAGACCGCUACCUCCGUUCCCAAAAAGAGCGAGAACGUGAGGAAGAGAUCUUGCGCAAGCAGCACACCAAACGAGGCUGGUGCUUCUGGAGACACCCAUCCUCCUCAGCACCCCACAUCUCCUGAAGGCCUGCUUCCAUCCAUCCGUACAAACCCCUCAAACUCCUAACACUUAUCUCAGUCCAGAGGCAUGUAGCCAAGCCUGGGGAGCCCUGUUUCCGUUUCAGUGCAUUCGUCCCAAAUGCUGGGGCAUCUUUACCUGUGUCAAUUCACGAGAGAAUGCUCUGAGAAAGUCUUGAAUCUUUCUCACUUUUAAUGGUUGGUGUUCUGCUGCGCGAAUGCAACAGGUCUCGCCGCAACACCACACAGGGAAUGCCAGCAUUGCAGUGACCUGCUUUCGCCUCUUAAGACUGUUAUUAUUAUACAAGACCACACACUCACACCAGCACCAUGUCUGAGCGCUGGCGCACAGGCACACAUUGCUGCACGGUGCUGCUGUGUUGAGCUUUUUUGUCUCUCUGAGACCUCCUAAUUCUGGGAAAACCGUCAUGUUCAUUGUCUAUAAGCUGAAACAUAGAUUAGCUUUGAAUACAGCUAGCAACUAAAAUGGCGGCAGGGAUAUAUAACUUUUUUUUUGUCAAAAUCAAGGGAUGGUAAUUUCCCCUGCCUACAUUCUCACUAAUAUAAAUCUCCAUUUUGGAUCUUCCAUUGCCCCACAUUGGCUCUGAAAACCAAUAGUUUUGCCUACUGAAGAACUUUUUUACUUCAUUUGUCCUGUUACUAACUUUUCUUCUUGUGGUAGAACAGAAAGAGCAUGUAGUCAGGUCUGUCACUCACUAAAAACUCUAGGACAGAACCAAAGACAGACAACUCAUUCAAACACAAACGCCUUACCAAAAUCUGUUGAAACAAAAACUUGACAGCAAGUAAACAAUGAAAUUAGGGCUAUUUGUACCACUGCCAGGACAGUAUUAACAGUCACAACUGUUAAAUGACGUUCUGUUCGAUUGAGUUUUUUGAUUUGACCACUAAAGCAAGCUCCUCGACUUGCUUGCCUUUCACCUCCACCACUGGGGGGCGCCCAUGCCUUCUGAGUAUAUCCUGCUUUAGAAAUGAUUAGCUUCCUAUUUGUUUGUCAAUCCCGAUUCAGAUCUUCGCAUCCAUGUGAAAUGCACUUGUUUUUGUAGCACUAUUGCAAUCUUGGCUAUCAGUGAACCAAAAAGUAGGUUGUGAUGUUCCUUAUUCCUUUGCCCCACUCCCCUCUGUUAUUCCUGCUCCUCUACCUCUGCAGUUAGCCAAACUGAGGGAGAAGCUAGCGAUUCACUUUCUGUAGUGUUUGAUAAGACUCACUUUACACUUCACACAUGCGGAUAAAAUCGGUGCUCAGGAUCCUUAAUCUCAUUGCGUCCAGCCACUCACGCAUUAUCUCCUUAAGGGGCGGCCACACUAAACUUUGAGCAUGCAAUAUUUCUUUGGAUGCUGCACUAUCCAUGAUAUGUCCGUCUUCCGUCCGUCUUCUUUUUUAAAUGGAGACUUCCAAUAUUUAAAGUCUACUUGAAAUCAAAAUUUACAAUGUUUAUUUUGCUAGCACACUUUGCUAUUCUGUAGGUGAACAAUUAAUCUAUGCGAGUUAAUCCACUGAUUUAAAAAAAUAGUUUUGGUAAUCUUCAGGUUACUGUCCGUUUGCUUCUGCAUUUGGAGUGGCGUUCUCUGUGCAAGCCUGUAGCCAGGGGGUGGGGGUGGGGGGGGUUCAGGUGGUUUAGAAGAUCCACCCCUUACUAGUUAUGUUUCCAUCCGAAAAAAUGAUUUAACUUUAUGCGCAAAACUGGAUUAUCGCAUAAAAGAUGUCUGAAUAAAGCAGCGUUUCCAUCCAAAAAGUCAAAGUGGCCAAAAUCGUCACUUCCUGAUUAACUGGCGACAAAUAUCAACAGUAAAAACUGAAUUUUCUGCAGUAGGAGAAGCUGCGUGAAUCUUUUCUUCAUUUAAUAAAUGGCUUGUGCCUCAGAGUGGUGUGGUGGCGUUUGAAGUCGGAGCACAGACGCUCUUGAUUCUAGAGGUCAUUAAUAAUAUAAUAACACUAAUACUGAAAUGGUUACGGCAUUUUAGAAUGACCAAAUCAACAUUUCAGAUGCUUUACAGUGUGCUCAGCCUGCUGGUUUAUCUAUUCGCACAUAUUUUUAUCACCACAAGAUAUAACAAAAUCACAUGACCUUUUGAUGCACGUACUGGAAUUUGUUCAGUAAAAUUGUUUCCAUCGCAGUUUUUGCACAUCUUUUCUUGUUUGAUAAAAUGUUUAUCCUACUCAGUUAUGCGCAUAUGUUUUUUAAUGCGGAUUUUCAAAAUUUAUGUGAAUUUUGGCAUUUCCAGCAACUCUAUCCAAAAUGCGCAUAAAAAUAGGUGGAUUGAAACGUAGCCACUGACAAAGGUCCAGAAUUUGUCCCAUACAUAGCUCAUUUGUCCUAUUUUGACUGCUAUGGCUUUAAGACAAAGCAGAAUCCUCUGUCGGCUGUCGCUUCAGUGUAACUUCUGCGAAUUAGUUUUGGCCAAUGCAAACUAUUAUUUUUCAUAAGUCCAACAUCCAGCUGUGCAAGAAAAUAUACAAUCUGACAUAAGAGAAGUCUUAUUUCACUAAUGUAUUGUUUUUAAAUAGAGAAAGCAUUUAACCAGAAACUUUUAUUCUUAAUCUUGGACCUUUUUUUUUUUAAACAAAAAUGACCUAUAAAAAAGAAGUGAAGCAUCAAAAGAGGUCCAUCUUAAAUUAAUUGGAAUACUAUUUUGGCUAAAAUAGUCAAAAAGUGUAGUUAUGAUGACCAUCCAACAAGAAAAAUUAGAAUAGUACUUGAAAUGUCACUAAAAUGCAGCAUUUAAAUUUCAUAAUUCCAUUGAAAAAGAGGCGUAAAAUCGCAAAAAGGUCCACUUUUUGAGAAAAAAGUACCCUUUCAUCAGGUUGGCUGCAGGUCUGCUGUGGAUGUUAGUUUGACACUUUACCGGCAUUAUUUAUAACCACACUCCUCUUACCGUUAUUUUGCUACAAGCGAAUGAUGCACAAAAAGAAAGUCCCGCUCCCUACUCAAUAUUCAGUUUCAAUUGAAAAUAGAUCAACAUACUGAAAUAAAAGUCUCAGCAACUGACGGUUCAAGCAAACUUUAAGAAAUAAUAAUAAUCCAAUAUAGGAAAUAUCAGAUGUACUUCACUUUUCUACAACGCUGCAGGUGUUCUUACAAUAUUGUAUAAAAACCUAAACGCAUGAGCUUAUGCCUCUCCAGCAUUUCCAUGCAUAUGAAUGGAAGUAAAUGGACAGAAAAGUGCAGUGUGGUCGCCCCUUUACACAGGUUUACCUGUUUUGACAAUCCAACAAAAUAUCCUGAAAUAAGCUGUAAAUUAUCUUACUUUUGUGAUCGACAGGCUUUCAGUUUCAAGUUUUAAACUUUGUAGAAACAGGUUUUGCGGUUAAACUGACAGUGAUGUUCCUCUAGAUUUGUUUCUUUUUUUCAGAAGUGCAUGUGCUGUGAAGCGUCGAUAGCAUCCGUUUGCUAAAGUCAGUCUCGACUGCCUUCCAUCUAAAAAAAACAAACAUAAAAAACAUGAGUGCCUAUGACCAUGUUACACUUUCCCUUCAACAUUCAAGUAUUUCUCGGUGAAGCAUGUUUGUUUUGCCUGUUUCGUGCCUUUUAACAAAAGUGUUAUUAAUAGCUGUUUUGGAGGUGAAUGAGAAAUCAGAGGCAUGUUAAGUUUUCCUUGUCACCCUGUUUCUAUUUCGAGCUUUCUGGUUUUGCUUCCUCAAGGCUGCACCCUGCUUUUCACACCAGACGAGCAGAAAUCAUCAACAGCUACAAAAAUAGACAUGCAGAGCCCAUGUGUUGAGACAGGCCGAUCUGCGCACACACACACACACACACACACACGUUAAAAUAAAGAAAAUGGCAAGGAAGAGGGUAAACAGUGUAGGCUUUUAUAGGUUCAUCUCAUUAGAGUGCUUUAGUAACAUCACUUGUGCAGUAUUUUUAGGGGCGGACAAUUACAGUAAAUGAAUGUUUAUAGAUGCCACACUAUGCCUAAAGGCUCAAUAAUUAGUAAAAUAAUGAAUGUAUGACCUUACUGUGCAUACGCAGACUGGCUCUGUGACAAAUUAUGUACUUAAUACCAGCUCUCCUGUCUGCCGCGUAAGGUAAAGAUCACACUAUAUGAACGAUUCGAGACACUACAAACACCAGCAAGCUUGCUGAGAUGGAAAACAUUGUUGCCGUUGUGAUUUUUGGGCUUGUUCGCACUUUCCGUUCUAUGACUUUUUGCUUUUGCACUUUUGUUUUUAAAAUUUUUCUGCCUUUUGAUGUGCAUGGCAUUGACUGUUUUUAAAUGAUGGCUUUUUGAGACAUUUUGUAGCAUGGAAUGGUUUCUUCCAUUAAUCUGGUGCUUCUCAUGGCCCCUCAUGUUUUCUGCAUAAAAUGUGUAUACUUACGUACUUACUAUUAGAUUUUUUUCAUUUGCUCAAGUUCUUUAAACCUUGUGCUUUAAUCAAGAUGCCUUCAACUUUGACUUUAAUGGUUUUUCUGUCGCAGAAAUGAGGCGGUUUUGUUGAUCUUAUAUAAACAGUAUUAGAAAGAUCCAUUUGGUCUAAAAGUAAUUGAGCACCCCUAAUUUAGAUACUGACAUUUAAUAAAUAAUGGCAGAAGAAUAAAGUUUGGGUGAACGGUCUCUUUAAAGUGAGAGACUGUCUUAGGCAAUCUGAGGUGGCUAAUCACACAAAAGAUCCCUGCUAACAGUAAAAACCAUAGAUGUAUAUGCAUAGAUGCCUCAUAAGCAGUUGUCUAUAUUGUUGUGAACACUCAGAAGCAAGAGAAUAUUUACGUCUGCAACAUAUUUCAGCAGAUGAUUUUGCUAAACUAAUAUAAUACAAGCCAAACGUGUUAUCUAACAGAGCAUUAGUUUGAAUGCUUGUACUGUUGGCAUAAUAACUUGUGGCAUCUAUGUAUAUACAGCUAUGAUGUAACUGCUUUCUAAAUAUGCACUUUAGCUUAAAAUUUGCUAAACAAUGUAAAAAUUUUCUUUCAAUUGAACAAUACAGUCUUGAGCAACAGAAGUAUUUAUCGGUGCACGUUUACAGGUAAGAUGGGUGCAUGGGAAUGGUCUAAGCAUUAACUUCUUUGUAUUUAUUAAAAAGACAGUAGCUUUCAUUACUUAAGAAUUAUCAUGCACUUUUGUCUUGUAAGUGAAAAAAACAAUCCAAGCCCUCAUUACAAAAUCAACCGUCAUGUAGUUUAGACUAAAUGUUUAUCAUGUUCAUUAUUGUUAAUGACAGUCUAUUUAAUAAGCAUAGAAACCACUCAUAUGUACUAGAAACGUGAGAGCACUUGAUAAUUGUGGUUUAGUUUGUGUUACCGUGCCUUUUAAAAAAAGAGUCAUCUUUCAUCAGAGAGGUCACUGCCUUUAGUUUUUAGUUGAGGUAAUUGUAGUACUCUUUCUCUCUCACAUACAUUAGCUGACAUCCAGCAGACCACUGUAUUGCUCCUUCUGCAUGUCUGUGGCCAGCAUGUAGCAAUAGCAUCUGUACUUUGUGUUGUGUGUUUUCAUCCCUCUCUGAUUGUGAGCCGUGCUUGUACUGGUUUGAAUGAGAGUGAAUGUAAACACGAGCAGAUUAACUGAGUCUCUUGCGCCCUCUAGAGUCAGCUGAACUUCACGGUUUAAUUUAUUUAGCAUUAUUAUUAUUAUUAUUAUUAUUACUACUACUACUUCUAUUAUUGUUAUUAUUAUUUGAAAGGAUACGAGUUGGUGUUGGGUGGGAAGGAUUAUGUUACACAACGUGCAUUUUGAAAAUUUGACUUUGGUGUAUUUUUGUAAAAUACUAAUACAGAGAGCAGUUAUUGUGGUGAUUUGCCUUUUUUUUUUCUCAACUAAAUACUCUCUCAACGUUUGUAUUAAACUGGAAAGGUUAACCACCUCUUACUGCUUUUUAAACUGUACAAUCUGACCUCAGGUCAUAGGCAGAGACCACUUCAAGACCUUGUUAGUUUCUGUUUCUAACAGAGACUCUCCAACCAGCUUCCUUUCUGUGCUUUGAAGUCCACCUUCAUCUCCAUGAAAGAUAAGCGCCGUGUUACUGCAUCCGGCAGUAGUGGAGCACUUGUGUUUCCCUCUGUCCACUCGUGGUGAGGUGAACUGUCCAAGUGGUCCUUGUCACGGUUUUGUCUUCUUGAGGUAAGGAAAGCGUCUCUGACUCUUUCCUUCACCUCUCUUCCUUUUUCAAAUCUGUGACUAUUUAAAGCUGAUUUGCACUUUGUGGUUUUCUUUUUAACUUGGUUUGAUUAAUUUUUAUUCUCGUCUUUAACCGAAAUGUUUCUGAUUCUUGUUCUGUAAUUCUUGUUUUUGUUCUAAACCAUAAAAAAGCACACACAGAGACACACACACACACCACUAUUAAGGGCUUUAAAAAUACAAAAUCAGAAUGUUUUUGCUGCUGUUGCAAAAAAAAAAAAAAUACUAAAGUUAAACCGGAAAAAAAAAAAAAAAAACAUUUUAUUGAAUCGUUUGUAAUAUUUUUGAACAACUGUGAUUUGUACAAAAUGGAGCAAAAAAGGGUUGAAAAAAGUUAUCUGUUUCAGUAUUUUAAUGUUUGCUUGGCUUUUAAUAAAACUAAACCGAACUCUUUGAA